GGAAAUUAGAACCCAUUGAGUAUGAGAUUCCAUUACUAAAACCUUAACCAAAUAAAAAAUUAGAUAAAAUGAAUUCUAACUUCAUUCCAAUUCAUUCCAAUUGAUCCAACCAAACGACCCCAUACUAUAUUGAGUGCUCUCCCUCCACUCCCGCCACCUCAGCUCGCCUCUCUCCCCCUCCACAUCACCCCCAAUUUGAAAAUUUGAAUUUCACUCCCUAGAAAAAAUAACCCACUAAAUUACAAACCCAAUUAAAAAAUAAAUAAAACUAUUUUGACAAUUACACCGUCGUCCUCAUAACUUCCUACUAGUCAUCUUCUUCCUCUCUCCUUCUAUUUCUCUCUCCUCCAUUUUCUCUCUCUUCUGCAACCUUCAAACCUUCCAUUUUUCACUUUAUUUAUUAAUUUAUUAUUUGGAAUUACAUUUCAAACUUUCAAAUUAAUUUAAAAAAAAAACAAAAAUGCACUUCCUUUUUUGUCAUUGACACCAUGUGGAAUUUCUGACAAAUUCUUCUUCCCACCACUUUCUCUCUCCUCCAUUUUUCUUCCUUCCAAAUUCAUUCUUCAAACUCCUUUGAUAAUACUUUUCUGGAGUACUUUAAAUUGUUGCAUUUGACCCAAAAACGGCGUCGUAAGUAGAUGUCGUCAAGGGCAAGAAGUAGUUCACCGUUCAGCCAUAAUCGGAGAACUUCUAGUCCCUUCUCUUCUUCUUCCUCUACGUCGUCGUUUAUGAACACUAGUGGCCGGUUCAUUCCCCGGUCUAAUAGCUCUUCUUCUUCCUCUUUCCACGGCUCAACCGGUAAUAAUACUUACGGUUCAAGAUCCAUGACUCCGAACCGGGCUUAUGGCGGUCGAUCUCCCGUCGCAUUCUCACCUUCCGAUGACUUGCUUCCUGAACCGUUCGAUGCUCCUAGAUCCACCGCUGAUAGUAUCUCCGUCACCGUCCGAUUUCGUCCCAUGAGUGAUAGAGAAUAUCAGAGAGGAGAUGAAGUAUCGUGGUAUCCAGAUGGUGAUAAGACUGUAAGAAGCGAGUAUAGUCCAGCUACUUGUGCUUAUGCAUUUGAUAAGGUUUUCGGGCCAAAUGCGAACACAGAGGAGGUUUAUGAUGUUGCGGCUCGGCCUGUUGUUAAAGCUGCUAUGGAUGGUGUUAAUGGUACAGUGUUUGCUUAUGGUGUUACCAGCAGUGGGAAGACGCACACAAUGCAUGGGGACCAAGACUGUCCUGGUAUCAUACCACUGGCAAUCAAAGAUGUCUUCAGUAUUAUACAGGAAACUCCUGGGCGAGAGUUCCUGCUCCGUGUUUCCUAUCUCGAGAUCUAUAAUGAGAUUAUAAAUGAUUUGCUUGAUCCAACUGGUCAGAAUCUACGUGUAAGAGAAGAUGCCCAGGGAACUUAUGUUGAAGGCAUUAAAGAAGAGGUUGUUUUGUCUCCUGGGCAUGCAUUAUCUUUUAUUGCUGCUGGGGAAGAGCAUCGCCACGUUGGUUCUAACAAUUUUAACCUUUUCAGUAGUAGAAGCCACACCAUAUUCUCACUGAUGAUAGAGAGUGGUUCCCAUGGUGAUGAAUAUGAUGGGGUGGUAUUCUCACAGCUGAAUUUGAUUGAUUUAGCUGGAUCCGAGAGCUCCAAAACCGAAACAACAGGAUUAAGAAGAAAGGAAGGUUCAUAUAUCAAUAAAAGUCUUUUGACUCUUGGAACAGUCAUUGGGAAGCUCAGUGAGGGGAAGGCAUCUCAUAUUCCUUAUAGAGAUUCGAAGCUUACUCGCCUUCUGCAGUCCUCUCUUAGUGGUCGUGGACACGUUUCACUUAUAUGCACAGUUACCCCUGCAUCUAGCAGUAUGGAGGAGACUCAUAAUACUCUGAAAUUUGCUAGCAGGGCUAAGCGUGUGGAGAUAUUUGCUUCGCGUAAUAAGAUUAUUGAUGAGAAGUCCUUAAUUAAAAAGUACCAGCGAGAAAUUACAACUCUUAAGGAAGAACUUGAUCAGUUAAGGAGAGGAAUGCUUGUUGGAGUUAGUCAUGAGGAGAUUUUGACCUUAAAGCAAAAGUUGGAAGAAGGUCAAUUUAAAAUGCAAUCAAGGCUAGAGGAAGAAGAAGAAGCAAAGGCAGCCCUGAUGAGUAGAAUACAGAGGCUGACUAAAUUGAUACUUGUUUCCUCAAAAAACAGUAUUCCUUCAUAUCUGGGUGAUGCUGCCGGUUACCAGAGAAGUCACUCUGAUGAUAAAUUAGAGCUUGGGGACUGUGAAAACAAUAAGGAUACCCCGUCAGCACUCUCAGAUCCUACGGUUGAUUUCCAACACAAACGCUCGUCUAGCAAAUGGAAUGACGAACUUUCUGCAGCUGGCAGCAUACUCGCGGAAUCUAACGAAGCCGGCGAAUUCAUCAGUGGUUCAAACCUUACAACUGACGAUAUAACUGCAUCUGAUGAGAUGGACCUUCUUGUGGAGCAAGUGAAGAUGCUUGCUGGUGAAAUUGCUUUCAGUACAAGCACACUCAAACGCUUGGUUGAGCAAUCUGCAAAUGAUCCCGAUGCCGCCCAAAGCCAAAUUCAUAAUUUGGAAUGUGAAAUCCAAGAUAAGAGGAAGCAGAUGAGGCUUCUAGAACAGCGAAUUAUCCAGAGUGGUGAGGCUUCAGUGGCUAGUGCGUCAUUGCUUGAUAUGCAGCAGACUGUUACAAGAUUAAAAACCGAGUGUAGCCAAAAGGAAUUUGAGUUAGAGCUAAAAACAGCCGACAACCGGAUUCUUCAGGAACAGCUUCAAAAUAAGUGUGCAGAAAAUAUGGAACUACUGGAUCGAUUAAACGCCCUGGAAAAGCAUGUGGCUUCAACUGGCGGUGAUUUACCUUUGCCUUCUGAACAGGGCACAACUGAUGAGUAUACUGAGGAAUUGAGAAAGAAAGUUCAGUCACAGGAGAUGGAAAAUGAGAAAUUGAAGCUGGAACAUGUUCAGUUAGUGGAAGAAAAUAGUGGAUUGUGUGUGCAGAAUCAAAAAUUAUCCGAAGAGGCUUCCUAUGCGAAGGAAUUAGCUUCUGCUGCUGCUGUUGAGCUGAAAAACUUGGCUGCUGAAGUAACAAAAAUUUCGUUGCAGAAUGCAAAACUAGAAAAGGAAUUGCAGGCUGCUCGUGAAUUUAGUCACUCCAGAGGCUCCCAAAUUUCCAAUGGUGGUAAUCGGAAACAUGGGGACGGCAUGAAAGCUGGAAGAAAAGGUCGAUAUCCUGGUCGUGGUAAUGAUGUAUCAGGAGGAUUUUAUGAUGAAUUUGACUCGUAUAAUUUGGAUCUGGAAGACCUUAAGAUGGAACUACUUGCACGGAAACAGAGGGAGGCAGCUCUUGAAGCUGCUUUGGCUGACAAAGAAUAUGUGGAAGAGGAAUGCCGGAAAAAGGUUGAAGAGGCUAAGAGAAGGGAGGUAGCUCUUGAAAAUGAUUUGGCAAAUAUGUGGGUGCUUGUCGCAAAGUUGAAGAAAGAAGUAGGAGCUGCUCACGAGUCUAUGUCUGACGAGAGGCUUGAUAAUGGGGAUAUUUCGAACGGACAGAAAGCUGCUGAGGUGGAGAAAAAUGGCUUCAUCAAGGAAACUCAAUCUUUGGAGGUCAACAAAACCACUCAAGAUGCUCCCAGCGAAGAGCCAUUAGUUGCUCGGUUAAAGGCAAGGAUGCAAGAGAUGAAGGACAAAGAAAAACAUAUGGGCAAUGGAGAGACAAAUUCCCAUCUGUGCAAAGUUUGUUAUGAAUCACCUACAGCUGCAAUCCUUCUUCCUUGCCGACAUUUUUGUUUAUGUAAACCUUGUUCACUGGCUUGUUCAGAAUGUCCUAUAUGCCGCACAAAUAUAGCUGAUAGAAUUUUCGCAUUCACUUCAUGACAAUGUGUGUUACACCCAUGAUUAUGAAGGUAAUUUACUGGGGGUAUUUAAAUUUUUUUGCCGUAUUUGCUGAGUUUCAGUUCCAUUGCCGGUGCAAAUUCUUUUAUUAGUUAGUCUGUAUCUAUUCCCCCCAGGUAUAUUAUUUUUCUUAUUUCUUUUUUUAGUCCCUCUGCUUUUCCUUUUUCCCGCUAAGGGGUUGUAAAAUAAGAACUCAAAAUAGAAAAGGUGAAGAAUGGUGGGGGGUGAGAGGACAGAGGAAACCUACAUCAAAAGGUUGCAUAUUGCUGCAUGUUGAUUGUUUCAAGUGUGCAGCAGUGUUGUGAUGUAUACCCUGUUUAUUGUUAUUGUAUAGAAGAAACAGCGUAAGCUUCGAAAAGGAAAAUAUGAUCUCUAUAAUCACAUUUGUUGCAUCAA